ACACGGUGCUUUCAGAUACUCACUGAACUUUGUGCGAUUAAGGUGAUUAUUGUACUUGCUCUUAUCAAGAGAGAAAAAUGAAUAAGUUUCCGAGUGCACUUCGAGAUGGUGCAGUGAAACUUCCGCUGCGCCCCCUACUGUACACGGCCGGAGCUGCAGCCACCGCAGCCGGCAUUUACUAUUAUGUGAAACGAGACGAUGGAAUGAAAACAACAUCGGACCCCGAGGUUACAACUGAAGACACAGUAUGUGACCAGGCCAUGGAACCGGCUCUGCUCCAACCCACAGAGGUUCCUCAGGACCAGGUCACGGUCUACCUGGCUGAACCUGAGGAGAAACACCAGACGGCUGUGGAGACCAUCGCUCAUCUGGGGGUGGAGAAGUCUUGUCUGAAGGACCAGGUGAAGACACUGCAAGGAAUAGUGCAGGACAUGCGGAACCUGCUCCAUAUUGUUGAGGUGGAGAAGUCUGAACUGAAGGACCAGGUGGAGACACUGCGUGGAACAGUGCAGGACAUGCGGAACCUGUUCCAUGUUGUUGAGGUGGAGAAGUCUGGCCUGAAGGACCAGGUGGCGACACUGCAUGGAACAGUGCAGUACAUGGAGAAGCUGCUCCAUGCUGUUGAGGUGGAGAAGUCUGGCAUGAAACACCAGGUGGAGACACUGCGUGGAACAUUGCAGGACAUGGAGAAGCUGCUCCAUGCUGUUGAGGUGGAGAAGUCUGACCUGAAGGAACAGGUGGAAACACUGCAUGGAACAGUGCAGGACAUGAGGAGCCAGCUCCAUGUUGUUGAGGUGGAGAAGUCUGAAAUGAAGGACCAGGUGGAGACACUGCGUGGAACAGUGCAGGACAUGGAGAAGCUGCUCCAUGCUGUUGAGGUGGAGAAGUCUGACCUGAAGGAACAGGUGGAAACACUGCAUGGAACAGUACAGGACAUGAGGAGCCAGCUGCAUGUUGUUGAGGUGAAGUCUGACCUGAAAGACCAGGUGGAGCCACUGCGUGGAACAGUGCAAGACAUGAGGAGCCAGCUCCAUGUUGUUGAGGUGGAGAAGUCUGACCUGAAGGACCAGGUGGAGACACUGCGUGGAACAGUGCAGGACAUGAGGAGCCAGCUCCAUGUUGUUGAGGUGGAGAAGUCUGAACUAAUGGACCAGGUGGAGACACUGUGUGGAACAGUGCAGGACAUGGGGAGCCUGCUCCAUGCUGUUGAGGUGGAGAAGUCUGACCUGAAGGACCAGAUGGAGACACUGCGUGGAACAGUGCAGGACAUGGAGAAGCUGCUCCAUGCUGUUGAGGUGGAGAAGUCUGACCUGAAGGACCUGGUGGAGACACUGCGUGGGAUAGUGCAGCACAUGAGGAGCCAGCUCCAUGCUGUCGAGGUGGAGAAGUCUGACCUGAAGGACCAGGUGGAGUCACUGCAAGGAACAGUGCAGGACAUGAGGAGCCAGCUCCAUACUGUCGAGGUGGAGAAGUCUGACCUGAAAGACCAGGUGGAGACACUGCGUGGAACAUUGCAGGACAUGGAGAACCUGCUCACUGAGACUAACAGGGAGCGUGACAAGCUAAUGAAUGAGCUUCAGGUGAUGAAUGAUGAGAUGAAGAAAAGUCUGAUACACACAGAGGAGUUACUGAAGGUCUCCCUGCCUGAAGCUGAGGAGAAACACCAGAAGGCUGAGGAGACCAUCGCUCAGCUGGAGGUGGAGAAGCCUGACCUGACCAACCAGGUGGAGACAGUGCAGCGUAUGGAGGACCUGCCAACUGAGACUCACAGGAUCAGUAAGGCAUUUUUAAGGGACAUCUGCAAGCGGAACAAGCUGUACCUGACCCCCAGCUUAAACGACAUGCUGUAUCUCCACUAUAAAGGUAUCAGCAUAAUCGAGGGUCUGGAGGAGUACACCGGCCUGCGCUGUCUCUAUCUCCAGUGCAACGCGAUACAGAAGCUUGAGAACCUGCAGAACCAGACGGAAUUGCGAUGUCUUUUCAUUCACCAGAACCUCAUCCACACACUCGAGAACCUGGAGCCGCUCACCAAACUCAACACGCUCAAUGUGUCAAACAACUACAUCAGGGUCAUCCAGAACAUCUCCUGCCUGAGCGAGCUGUCCACGCUACAGAUUUCAAAUAAUCAACUGGAGAAUGUGAGCGAUUUGCAGGAGCUGUGUCACUGCCCCUCCAUCAGAGUUCUGGACCUGUCAAAUAACCGCCUCAACGACCCAGAAAUCCUCACUGUACUGGAAAAGAUGCCCAAUCUGAGAGUGUUAAACCUGAUGGGUAAUGACGUCGUUGGGAAAAUUCCCGACUACAGGAAGUCGCUAAUCCUUCGUCUGAAGGAUCUGCAGUGCCUGGACGACCGUCCCGUGUUUCCUAAGGAGAGGGCCUUUGCAGAGGCUUGGGCCAUGGGAGGUAUGAAAGGAGAAUGUAAGGAAAGAGAUUUAUGGCAAACGAGAGAGAGGAGGAAGAUUGAGGAGAGUCUGGAUGCCUUGAGACUCCUCGAAGAAAACGCACUGGAGCGAAGACGAGCUCGAGAGCAGCAGCAGCAGGAGGAGAAUGUCAGUGUUUCAGGAACGUUCGAGACUGUAGAAGGUCAGAACGUGUCCGGUGAAGACCUCGAGCAGACCGAGCAAGAGCAGGAGGAGGAGGAAGAGGAGGAGGAGGAGGAGGAAGAGGAGGAGGAGGAGGAGGACAUCCAGGAUCUCCCUGAUCUGGACGAUCUGGACACCAUCGACAUGGAAACAGUGCCGAUGGAACAAAUCCUGAUUGAGGAGCUGAACUGAUGAUGUUUAUUCAAUAAAGUGUUUAAUGAGAGA